CAAGUCGGUGUUGCACUUUGUUCUAUCAUCCUUUCAGUCACUGUUUGUGUGUAAACAUGGCGAAUUUCAUAGCCAUUCCUCUCAAGAAAACUUCGGAAAUUGAUUUGGUAAAGCCAUUAAAAAAUGUAUUUUCCAGUUUUUGUGUUGCAGCAGAUCAACCGGUGAAUUAUGAUGAAGCCCUUAGUGAACUUAAUAAAUUACGAAUGAAUUCAACUUGGAGGACGUUAGAUAAGCAUGAGAAUUCAUUGGAUGUCAUGACAAGGUAUUAUGAUCAAUUAAAUUUCCUAGAUGCAAAGUGUCCUGCUGUUGAAUUUAAUAUACCAUUUAAGUGGAAAGAUGCUUUUGACAAGGGAAGUUUCUUUAUGGGGUCAGCCAGCCUUACUCUCCAAACUCUUGGUUAUGAGAAGAUUUGUAUUUUGUUCAAUAUUGGUGCUAUGCAAAGUCAAGUAGCCUGUAGCCAUAUUAGUGAUACAAAAAAUGAUGAAGGAUUGAAAUUAGCGGCUAAGUAUUUCCAGUUGGCAUGUGGCACCUUUCAACAUUUAAAAACUCUUGCUUGCUCCCCUAUUGUGGAAGAACCUACUCCUGACCUUCGUCCAGAUACUAUUUCUGCUCUACAGGCACUGAUGUUGGCACAGGCACAAGAGAGCUUCUUCUUUAAGGCAACAGCUGACAAUAUGAAAGAAGCUGUUAUAGCCAAAGUGGCUUCACGUGCUGAAGAAUUGUACUCAGAUACUUUGAAACUCAUGCAGAAAGAAUCUGUCGUCCAUUUGUGGGAAAGGGAUUGGGUUUCUAUUGUAGCAGGUAAACAAGCUGGAUUUUUAGCAUUAACAGAAUACUAUCAAUCCUUAGUUUGCAAAUCUAAAAAAGAAGUUGGUGAAGAGAUUGCUAGACUUCAGAAAGCAAUUGAAGCAAUGAAAACUGCUGAAACGAAAGGCAUCCUGACUUCUGAUUUCAAAGACUAUCUUCCUAGAAUGACACAUAAUUAUGAUGAAGUAAAAAAAGACAAUGAUUUUAUUUAUCAUGCUCGAAUUCCUGAUGCCAAAUCUCUCCCCCCAAUUGGAAAAGCAGCUCUGGCAAAGCCCUUGCUUCCAGGAGAUAAAUUAAAUCCUAAUUCUGAAGACAUGUUCAGUGCCUUGCUUCCAAUUGCUGUUCAACAAGCUGUCUCUGCUUUUGAUCUGAGAAAGAUGGAAAUUGUAAACCGAGAAAAAGAGAGAAUGCAAAGUGAAACACAAAUGCUCAAUGGCAUUUUAGCCUCCUUGAAUUUGCCUGCAGCCUUAGAAGACACUUCUGGCAAUGCCCUACCUCAGUCUUUGAAAGAAAAAGCACAAGCAGUGAAAGAGAAAGGAGGCAUGGAAGUAAUUCAGCAACUCUUGAAUGAACUUCCUAGUUUGCAUCAACGUAAUAACGAAAUUUUAGCAGAAUGUGAACGAAUGUUGAAAGAUGAAGAAGACUCAGAUACAGAGCUAAGAUCAAAGUUUGGAAGUCAGUGGGUGCGCACACCUUCUGCAAAGCUCAAUGCUCCGCUCAAGAGUAAUCUCGCAAAAUAUUCACAGAUGGUCAGCACUGCUCAUUCUGCUGAUGGUAUUGUUAAGGAGAAAUAUGAGAAACACAAGGACAAAAUUGCUCUGUUGUGUUUACCUGAGGACCAGUUGACAGCUGAUCUUCCGGCUGGUAGUCCUGUGGCUUCCUGUCCAUCUGUAGAUCGUCUGAAGGCUUUGAUGCGGGAUGUAGAGUCUCUGAAAUCAGAAAGAGAAAUGCUUAUGGGUGAACUUGAAAGUCCUGCUGUAGAUAUGAAAUCAAAAUUUCUUUCUGCUUUGUCCAGUGAAGGGAAUGUUAACGAGCAGUCUUUAUCUGUGGACACUUUGGCACAAGUUUAUGGACCAUUACAAAAAAGGAUUCAGGAUAAUAUUUCAAAGCAGGAACAAAUUGUCAGGGACAUACAGAUUGCCCAUAAUGAGUUUUCUAAGGAGAAAAAUAAUAGCUCCUCUGCCAAUAGAAGAGAAGCUCUUUUGUGUGAAUUGGCUGCAGCCCAUGAUGCGUACAUGGAGUUACUUGGAAACUUGCAAGAAGGAUCACAAUUCUACAAUAACUUGACAGAAAUUUUAGUGAAUUUCCAAAACAAGAUCAAUGACUUCUGUUUUGCCCGUAAAACAGAAAAAGAAGAAGUUGUGAAGGAUUUACAGAAGGACAUUGUAUCUGUAGCCACUCAACCCUCACCUCUGGCUCCUCCUGCUCAUCAUAAUGCCAAUCAAAAACCAGCCCGGCCUCCACCUCCCAAGGUAGGGGAUAGUGCUACUGCUCCUCCUCCCCACAACUGGAACUAUCCUGUGACAUCCACUGACUCACAGCAGCAUCAACAGCAACCACAUCAGCAGCAACCUGCAUAUCCACCUUAUCCGGCCUAUGCAUAUCCCUAUCCUCCUGUUCCCAAUGCUUACAAUCCUUAUGGACAAAUUGUCAUUCCGCCUUUCCCACCAGCUUCCGGUUAUCAAGGUCAACCUAUGCAACCAACUUAUCCUGGAGGUUAUCCAUACCCUCAACAACAGCAACCUCCAACUGGAAAUUAUCCUUACCCUCAGCAACAAUACAGACCAUGGCAACAGUGAACACAACUAUUUUCUUUCUGGAGAGACUAUUCUUUAUAUUAAUUGAUUUCUGCACAAUCUAAUGAUUCCAGUUUUAGUUAGGUUGCAAUAGACUUGCAUUUUUGCCUGAAAUUUGCCAUUAUUGAUUUGUAUGAUAGGAAAUCGUUUAUAUGAUUUUUGCUAAUUAAUCAGAAUAUCUGCAUGUGGCCUUCUACUAUACUAUAUACUCUGUGCAUAUGUGAGAUAUGUAAAUUUUGACAGAUAUGAAGAAAAUUAUUAUGUAAAAUAAAAAAUAUAUUUCUAAA